AUGCAUGUUGCAAAAGUGAGUGUCGUCUUACUGUUAGCGUUGUGUUCAAUAGUCAAAGUGCGCAGUGUUGAUCGAAAUGUCCGAGAUACUACGUUCUCCGGAUUUGCAUUUGAGAUGAUAGUUACGAAGCUAGAACAUUUACAGGACAAGAUGAACGAAAUGGAAGCUGCAAUGAAGGAGGACCGAGAAAACGUUGAUCAAAAACUGGCUGGCGCCACUCGUACUAUAAGUCAGCUGGAAAAAACGAUUGACCAGAGUCUCACCAAUGUGAAGACUCAGCUGAAUCAAAUGCACACUGAGCAAACAGUCCUCGCCAAACGAAAAAAGAUGAAACAGGAGAUCCAAAAGCUCGUCUCAAAGAAUGAUCUAGCUCGGUUUAGAGUCAGUUCAAGUUUGUAUCUCCAGAACAUCUCGUCACGGUCAUGCAUGGAAGAGCCAUCAAAGGAAUCGGGCAAGUACAUCGUGCAGCCUACCGAGGAUGAUGAACCAUUUGUGGGAUACUGCGAACAGACUGCCUUCGGAGGAGGUUGGUUGGUGUUCCAGUACCGUUACGAUGGAUCGGUGGACUUUUACCGCAACUGGACCGAGUAUCGGAAUGGGUUCGGAAGUGUCGAUGGAGAGUUUUGGCUCGGGUUGGAACAUUUGCAUCGGAUGACAUCGACCCGACCACACGAGCUGUUAGUGGAGCUGAAGCAUUUUAAUGGCAGCUACAUGUUUGCUCUGUAUGAUGAGUUCAAGAUAGGCAGUGAGUUGGAACAAUAUCUUCUUAAAUUAGGAUCUUACUCAGGAACGGCAGAAGAUGCAUUAGCCGUACACAAAGGUGAGAAGUUUUCAACGAUGGAUCGGGACAAUGAUAAAAGUGAUGAAAGUUGUGCUAAGGCGUGGAAAGGAGCAUGGUGGUACUACAAAUGUGGUCAUUCCAAUCCAAAUGGAGUGUAUAUGAAUAGUGUUAGCAAAGUAGCCUUACAUUGGUCAAAAAGAAACUUCAUAGGUAUGGCAUACACAAGAAUGAUGAUUCGUGAAACUUAAAGCGCACCGCUUUGUUAUUUGUAUCAAUAAAAGAAGUUAAUAAAGCAUUAAUGUGGAUUAUGAGGACAGAAA